AUGUCUCAACAUAGUGUAUCGCCAGUACUUGAGCAACUGCAACAACUGAUUGUUUCGGAUGAAUGGGUUGGCAAAGAGACUUCACCGCAGUUCCAUCCACAACUCGCAAAAACUCGGUCUCGAGAAAGUCAGCGCCUUUCUGACCUUGGAAGGACACUUGUUACAUCGUCAUCGCUCAAAGCUUAUAUAGACCUUCUUAGUAGCCAUCAUCGACAGAGCAUUGCCUCAUGGUUGUAUGGAAACACUAGCCAAGCGCUGAGUCAACAGUUUAGGUUUCCUGACGCAAAUGUGCAUUGCUCGGAAUCUGAGGCGACUUUGGCACUCUCUGUGAGGAAUGGAAUUGGGCAUGCUAUCCGUUUGGCUUUGAAGGAUGCUUACGGUAGCGACUAUAUUAACAGUGGGUGGAAGGCGUUCUUGGAGAAGGGAGCUCCAGUAGUGUACAUCACCCCUGCACUUCACAUGGAUUUGGCCCCUUAUAUCGCAUCAGAAUUUGGAAUAGCUGACGUCGUAUUGUUGCCAAAACUUGACGGCGAUAUGAGCGAAAUUGAAGGGAGAAUUGACCACCACGCCUUUGAACGAAUACUAGAUGAAGAUGUUGCCGCAGGCAAAAAACCUUUAUUGGUUAUAGCUGUUGUUGGAUCGACCAUUCUCGGUCAGAAUGAUAUGGUCUCAAAAAUCCUCGAAAUUAGAAAGAGGCAUCGUUUUUGGCUUCAUGCCGUUGGUCAGGCUGUGGCUGCUUUAACUCUGCGUGAUCCAACAGAGGUUCUUGUCCACGUUCUUACUCAGGUUGACAGCGUUACGCUUCCUCUAGCUUUAUGGUUAGGCAUUCCUGCUGCACCAGUAGUUACUCUUCAUAGGACUGUUGAGGGUCACAAACCUUCAUAUCGUGAGAAAUUGGACACGUUACCGUGGUGGGUAGCCACACAAACACUAACUAGUAAAGGAAUUACCGAUAUCAUUGAAAAUGCAUACUUAUUGUGUAAAGUCAUGCUAAAAGGUCUUUCAACUUUCUCACAAAUAGAAAUAGUUGGAAUGGAAAAUGCUAUUGAGUUUGCAACAAGACUAGGUCAAGGUGUUGUGGCAGAAUGCCAAUCACUCGGUAUCCACAUGAUUGAACUUGGUGGUAGCUAUGGGGUAGCCUUCCGCUUCUGCCCUCUUGAGCAUGCUGCAGCCCUCUCAUCCCAUGUCGAUCACGUCCAGCAAUUUAUCCGAUUGCUCGGUGGAGUGUUGAAAAUUGUUGAUUCAACUGUCGCUGCUCGAGCUGGCUUUGAGAAGCUCAAGAACGAAUACCCAUCGCUCGCCUUGUUACCCGUUCACAAAUGGGCAGGAGUUGGCGCAGUUUGUUAUGUACCUACAAUCAUCAAAAGUAAGACACCCUCGGACUGGGAUGAGAAGGAUAAGCAGCAGAUCUCACAUAUGAAUUUGGAACUUGUUCACCAGUUGCGAUCUGUUGAUUCUGCUUUCUCCACAGGCGAUUGUGCAACAUAUGGUGUUGCAUGUGUAAAAUUCGGCAUGUUAUCGGAUGCGAAGGACCUUGCCGACCUAUUGAAAAUGGUCGCCGAAAAAGGACAAGAAAUCGAAACGAAUCAGCAGUAUCUCGAUAGCCUAGCGGAACUUAUCCGGCAGGGAAUAGAAGCUGCAAAUGAGGAUCUCAAAAAGGAGAAUGAGAUACGACUUCAGCAAGAGGGUGUCAUACGACAACUUCCCAUCAUGGGCUCCUUAGUAAAUUGGUGGUCACCCAUAGAGAAGGAUGGACGAGUACGUGGACGGUUCUUCAAUUUGAACACAGGCGAAAUCCAAACAACUGAUGUUUUAUAUAAGAACAAGCGAAAUUCCCCGGCUACGAGUCACAAAGUGAAGGCCCAGACUACUACUGAGCCGAAAGAAGAGGAGAAGAAAGAAGCUACAGUGCCCACUGAAACAUCCUCUACUGCAGAAAAACCAACAGUUGAACAGCCGACAUCCAUAGAGGAGAAGUAG